AUGGCGGUCCGAGUACAAUUUGAAAAUAAUAAUGAAGUUGGAGUGUUCAGUAAACUUACAAAUUCAUACUGCCUUGUCGCAAUCGGCGGGUCGGAGAACUUCUAUAGUGUGUUUGAGGCGGAACUGGCAGAAACGAUACCAGUAGUGCACAUAAGUAUUGCUGGCUGCAGAAUUAUCGGCAGAAUGACAGUCGCUAACAAAAAUGGUCUUUUGGUUCCGUCUUCCACUACAGACACAGAGUUACAACAUAUAAGAAACAGUGUACCUGAUAACGUCAAAGUACAGAGAGUAGAGGAGCGUUUAAGUGCUCUUGGUAACGUUAUAGCUUGUAACGAUUAUGUCGCAUUAGUACAUCCAGAUCUUGACAAAGAUACUGAAGAAAUUCUUGCUGAUACAUUGAAUGUAGAAGUGUUCAGGCAAACAGUGGCCGGCAAUGUCUUGGUGGGAUCUUACACAGCACUCACUAACCGUGGAGGACUUGUGCAUCCAAAAACAACUAUACAAGAUCAAGAUGAAUUAUCAUCUCUGUUACAAGUACCAUUAGUAGCAGGAACAGUUAACAGGGGCAGUGAGGUUGUUGCUGCAGGGUUGGUAGUUAAUGAUUGGAGUGCCUUCUGUGGCAUGGAUACCACUUCAACAGAAAUAUCAGUAAUUGAAAGUGUGUUCAGGCUUAAUGAUGGUCAAGGCCACCAACCAUCAGCCAUAUCAACAACAAUGAGAGCAUCCCUUAUCGACAGCAUGUCA